AUGGCUUCUUCUUCCAAGUUCUUCGUCGUUGCUCUAUUGCUCACAGUCACAUUGUGCAGCAUGGAAAAUGGAAUGGCGGCUCGACAGCUCCUCCAACUGCCGAAACCCACCGCACUGCCUCCGAUGCCCACCAUCCCAUCUCUGCCGCUACCAACUCUGCCGUCCGGAGGAUUGCCGCCACUCCCCAGCGCCGGCGCCAUUCCAACCAUGCCCACUAUUCCUUCCAUGCCAAAGGUUUCUCUGCCGCCACUGCCUAGCGGUUUUCCAACCAUUCCUUCCAUCCCUGGCCUUACCCCGUCGGGCCCUGGAAACUGA